AUGUUAAACAAUGGUAUGGAAGCGAGAUAUGAAAGAUCAUUGUGCACUUUGGUAAUACAGGAAGAUGAUGAAAAUAUAUAUAUGUUAAAAACUAACCAUUAUGUGAAACGGAUUCGAAAUGAUGAUGAUGAUGAUGAUGAUGAUGAUGAUGAUGAUGAUGAUGAUGAUGAUGAUGAUGAUGAUGAUGAUGAUGAUGAUGAUGAUGAUGAUGAUGAUGAUGAUGAUGAUGAUGAUGAUGAUGAUGAUGAUGAUGAUGAUGAUGAUGAUGAUGAUGAUGAUGAUGAUGAUGAUGAUGAUGAUAAGCGAAUAGACAAUAUGUAUGAUCAUGGUCCCUCCCCGGAAUAUUACUUGUUACUAGUCCAUGGAAGAUCAGAAAAUAAAGCUUUGUUAGUGAAUGUGUGGAAUACACCCUAG